UUAUCUGUAUGUAGAAUUUCAGGGGGAGACCAGCGACCAACGACCAUCACUGAUUUCCUUUGGGAUCAGUUCACUGCGAACCGUCAGCGGAUAAUCACUCGGGACGGAACUGGAUCGCGGAUUAACCUUCGUACAUUUUCAGGGGGUGUGUCACAUUGCUUGAGUUCUACGCUUGUCUAGCCCAGUGGCACAACGAGAGUGAAGUUCAAGGAAGGUUUUACGUUAAAAUGCACACCCCGGGGUCCUCCACCGCAGGAUAUGUACUACUGCUGGUAGUACAAUUGGUGUUCAUAAUUGUGUUUGGAUUUUUUACCGAUUACUCAGAAAGUAUAUUGCCGAAAAAUGUUACCGUCAGCGCUUCGGGAGCACCCGUGGAGGAGCAACCGCUGCCGAAAUAUCCACAUUUUCAGGACAUCCACGUAAUGAUCUUCGUUGGUUUUGCCUUUCUGAUGACCUUCCUCAAGCGUUACGGAUUCAGCGCAUCUGGGAUCAAUCUGCUGCUUGGAGCACUAGUGAUCCAGUGGGCCAUCAUAAUGCGUGGCUGUUACGAAAUGGAGGAUGGCAAGAUUCCACUCUCGUUGGAUAACUUGAUCGGAGCCGACAUUGCGGCAGCAGCCGUGUUGAUUAGCAUGGGAGCCUUGCUCGGUCGGACCACUCCGCUGCAGCUGUUGAUUAUGGGUAUCCUAGAGAUUGCACUGUUCGCGGCCAACGAAUAUCUACAGUUGGAGUUGAUGAAAAUCACCGAUGUGGGAGGUUCCAUUACGGUUCAUGCUUUCGGAGCGUACUUUGGAUUGGCCGUGAGCUUUGUUAUGAGACCACCGAAAGAGGAUGCCAAGGCUGGUCCGAUGGAGUGCUCUUCGUACAGCUCGGACAUUACGGCAAUGAUCGGAACAAUUUUCCUAUGGAUUUUCUGGCCCAGCUUCAAUUCGGCACUGGUAGAUGGAGCCGAGCAGGAACGAGCAAUCAUCAAUACUUAUCUGUCCCUGGCAGCCUGCACUGUAACCGCAUUCAUAGUCUCGGCAUUGGUUUCGCAUGAGAAGAAGUUUGACAUGGUCCACGUGCAAAAUUCAACCCUAGCUGGAGGAGUGGCAGUUGGUUCAAUUUGUAACCUAAUUAUACAUCCCUUCGGUGCGUUGCUGGUGGGUUUGAUAGCUGGCGUAAUCUCAGUUUUGGGAUACAGAUUUUUGACUCCAUCAAUGCUUUCGAAUCUCCGGGUGUCAGAUACUUGUGGUGUGAAUAAUCUCCAUGGCAUGCCUGCGCUCCUUUCUGCAGUGUUUUCCGCUAUUUAUGCUUCAUUAGCAACGUCGGAAACAUACGGAAGCUCUCUGAUCGAAAUUUUCCCAGCAAUGGAGGUGAUCACUCCGGCAAUGAACUCGACGAUGGCGGAAGAAUCGAGAAGUGAAAUCCACGAAUUUAUAAUUGGAGGUUACGGUCGAAGCGCAGCCAAGCAAGGGGCGUACCAAUUGUUGGCUAUCCUACUUACAGUGCUGAUCGCGAUGGUCGGUGGAUUAUUCACAGGCUUAGUCCUAAAAUCGCCAUCGGUUCGCCAAUUGGAGAAGGAUGAACUGCACAAGGACGAUGCGUACUGGGAAACACCGACGGAAUCCAUUGCGAGUUCUAAUUAAAACGGUCCUUUAAAAAAAAGAAAUCUCUUUGUCAGUGUUUGUGCUUGUUAUCGAUGUUAUAUUAUCAUCAAUAAUUGUAAAAAUAAACACAAUGUUCAUGAUU